UGCGCUGGCACACCGCCUGUGCGCAGCGGCGACACCUUUGUGGGCGGCGGGGCACUCGUAGACCCUUCUAGAACCCUCUCGGCCUAGCCGCCCCUGAGCGGGGCAGCGGGCGCCGGCGGCCCCGGGAUUGACGCGCGUGCUGCUGGGUAACGGGUCUGCUCGGACGGCUCCUGGCCCCUGCUCGGCUCAUCCGUGACGUCCAGGGCCCCUGACUUGCGGGAGCCGCGGCGGAAGACAUGGGACUCCCUCGGUGCACCUGUGACGGCCACCUUGACUGGGGGAGCGGCGGCGUCUUCGAGGAAACCGGAAGCCCGUGGUGACCCCUUGGCGACCCGGUUUGUUUUCAGCCGGCUUCCAAACGCUGGGGAAGCGAAACCCGGUGGCCUUGGGGGCCGCCCUACGUAGCCAGGGUUCAGGCUGCCAUGGACACACUAGUAGAAGAUGACAUCUGCAUUCUGAAUCAUGAAAAGGCCCACAGAAGAGAGACAGUGACUCCACUCGCAGCAUAUCCUGGAGAUGAGUCUGUUGCUUCACAUUUUGCUCUGGUCACUGCUUAUGAAGACAUCAAAAAGAGACUUAAGGAUUCAGAGAAAGAAAACUCCUUCUUAAAGAAAAGAAUAAGGACUUUGGAAGAAAAGCUUGUUGGAGCUCGAGUAGAUGAAGAAACAAGUUCUGUGGGACGAGAACAAGUGAAUAAGGCCUAUCAUGCAUAUCGAGAGGUUUGCAUUGAUAGAGACAAUCUGAAGAACAAAUUGGAAAAGAUAAAUAAAGACAACUCUGAAUCUUUGAAAAUGUUGAAUGAGCAGCUACAGUCUAAAGAAGUAGAACUUCUGCAACUAAGAACAGAGGUGGAGACUCAGCAGGUGAUGAGGAAUUUAAAUCCACCCUCAUCCAACUGGGAGGUGGAAAAGCUAAGCUGUGACUUGAAAAUCCAUGGUUUGGAACAAGAGCUGGAACUACUGAGAAAAGAAUGUAGUGACCUCAGAACAGAGCUACAGAAAGCCAGACAGACGGGUCCAUCUCAGGAAGACAUUCUGCAGGACAGAGAUGUCAUCAGGCCGAGCUUGUCAAGGGAAGAGCAUGUUCCACACCUGGGCCUUCACAGUGAUAAUAUGCAACAUGCAUACUGGGAACUGAAGAGGGAGAUGUCUAACUUACACCUGGUGACUCAAGUGCAAGCAGAACUACUAAGAAAACUGAAAACCUCAGCUGCAGUCAAGAAAGCCUGUACCCCUGUAGGAUGUGUUGAAGACCUCGGGAGAGACAGCGCGAAAUUGCACUUGACAAAUUUUACUGCAACUUACAAAAGACAUCCCCCUUUGUCACCAGAUGGCAAAGCUACUUGUUAUGCCCCAUCUUCCCCUUUACCAGGAGAUAGAAAGGUUUUCUCAGACAAAGCAGUUCUUCAGUCAUGGACAGAUAACGAGAGAUUGGUUCCUAAUGACGGUGCAGACUUUCAGGAGCACAACUCUUAUGGGAGAAAUUCUCUGGAAGAUAAUUCCUGGGUAUUCCCAAGCCCUCCUAAAUCAAGUGAGACAGCAUUUGGUGAGAAUAAAAGCAAAAUCUUACCUUUACCCAACCUGCCACCACUGCAUUACCUGGAUCAACAUAAUCAGAACUGCCUUUACAAAAGCUAAUUUGACUUGUGAUUUGAUCAGGAAGACACUGACUCAGUGGUUCUCCCAAGAGAUUGUUCCAACUGAAAAGUGGACUUUGAUUACUGCCUUGUGGAGUUCUCCAGUGUGCACAUUUGUACAUUCUGUACAACAUUAUGUAUGUAGUUGAUUUUCCAGUAUUGGAACUUCCGGUUGUACCUUUGAUAACAAUUAUUAAUUUUUGCUUCUUGGAUAGUGUGGAAAUGAAAAUUUUAGACAUGGUUUUAUAAAGUAUGUGACCUGCCUAAAUAUCCAAUCAUUAAAUAAAAAGCAGCCAUUAAUAUAAGAGAAACCCCAUGUCUGCUGGUUUAGACUGUAUCAAGAAGCAAAUAAGAGUGUGAAUAGGUUGUGCUUCUGUAACUUCCUGAUGCAUCAAGAUUUGAAAUAUAAUGGAAUAAAGUAGGUUCUGACAGCUCAGCUAUUGUUUCAAGUUUUAAGAUUUAAAAAUCCUUUUUAAGUAAAAUGUUUGUAUAUACAAAUUUAAAGUGCAAUUUGAAUUCUAAGACUUGAAUGACUAUUGAAGCCAACUUUUUCCCAGUAUAUUCAAAUCCUAAAUGAUUAAAAAUGAUGUGGUAUGUGAAUAAACUAUUGUAACCUUAUACAAUGUCCAGUUAAAAGUAGAAAGAGCAUCUUACAGGGCAGUCUCUUCAGUGAUUAAUAGUGAGCUAACUAUGGUGUGGUCAUUUUCCACAGGACCGCUGUUUUACAUAGAGCAGCUUAUACGCUGUUAGACUAUGACAUUUGAGAAAGUAAAUGCUAAUUAGCUGCAUCUAGAACUAAAUUUUGUGCUAUACAAUUAUGAAAUAUAACCGGACUCAUUCUAAGUGGCCAAUCACUUGUAAAUAAGUAAAGAAAUAACAAAGAUGGCUUCAUGUAAAUUCCUUCAAGGUCGAAGCCGAGUAUUAGUAAUCAUGUAUACCUGUUUGAUGUAAGAAGACUUUAUCCUUUUCUAAGUGGCAUUUCAUGUAUCUUGAAUUCAGAGGAACUCUGACCUUGUAUCACUGAAUACCAUGCAUAGCUCGGCACUGUUCACUGUUCAGUUAUCUCAGGCACUUACUCAUGCCUGUCCUCCAUUAAUGGAAUUGAUAUCAGAUACUGGAAUGUGUUCUGACCAAUGAACACAGCUGGCUCAAGGGAGUAUAGGCUCCUGCCAAGUAAUACAACAAGACCUAAUAUACAUAAAGCAAAUACCGACUCCAGGCUCUAGCUGAAGGAUCUAACUAUCUGUGUAAUAAGAAAGCAGACACAUUUCUCAUGUGGCUGCCGAGCCUGCCGAGCUGUCCAUCACCUCCUGUAUAAUGUGUAGCUUACUGGUUUGCCUUUUUUUUUAAAAACCAAGAUGAGAAAUUUUCUUUUGUAAAGAGAGUCUUAUAAUGUUUUUGAACAAUGCCAAGAAAUUGUUUUAAUUAAAAUUAUUUUUGUUUUUAAAAUGGAA